AUAUCUGUUUUUGCAAAUGAACUCUUCAUAUAGGCCUAUGUUUAAUAAAAAAAAACUCAUGACCAAUAUGUUGACUUUCAAAGGUUAUACUGUAUAUUUGCUGAACAUCCUAAAGAAUGACUUUAAUGCUGAUGCCUCCCUACAGUUCUGUACCCUGUGAUUACACGUUAAAACGUUUUUUUUACUCAGGUUUAUCUGGAUUCCUUUUAGGAGCUAGACUUUUAUAUUUUGGGAGGGCAGAAUUGUCCCUACCAAUAUUUGCGCGAACUCGUUCGCAUUUGAUUGGCUGACAGGGAGGAGCUAUCUGAAGGCUCACCUUACAUGCAAAUAUCAAACUGCCAGUGUAGAGUACAGACCCGGAGGUGAGGGCUGAUCGGCUGACAAUGGUAACUAAGUUAUCAAGGCUGUCAGUUCAUACCUCAAGCAUGGGUGAAAAUUUAGUCUUUCUGAUGACUUUAAUCCCUUUCCUCUAUUGCCUGCAUGGCACGGCAUACAUAAAGUAUUUUUUCCCAUGCCAACACGUUUUGUACUUUGUAGAUAUCAUUCCACCCAAAAAACAACAAGACAUCAGGAGCUUUUUCCCCACCCAAAGCGUAAGUAAUAGGUAGUAAACUAACUGUCCAGUAGCCACAUUGAUUUAAAAUGAAAACCUGUUAGCGACCAAACGUCACCAGCAUUGCACUGCGGAAAGUAAUGUCACCUGAUGUUAGUUAACCGUGUUAGCUAGCGUUAACUAGCAAGCUAACCCUGACUUCUGUCAUCUGCAGUCUAGCAGUCAGGUUGUUAGCUGGAACAUAAAAUAGGUGCACAUAUGAAAUUAUGUUGAGUUGAAUUUUAGUCUAGAAAUCCCAUGAAAAUGUCAGCAUUUAAUGAAUGAGUUUGUAUGCAGGAAACACAGCAGCAGGCUGAAGUAGAGCAGGAUGAAACAGCUGUGUCUUCAGGGUUUCAGGUGAGGUCCUAAUUAUGAAAUAUAUUUUAGAACUGUAGGAAGGCAUCAGCAUUAAAGUCAGUCUUUAGGAUGUUCAACAAAUACACAGUAUAACCUUUGAAAGUCAACAUAUUGGUCAUGAGUUUGUUUUGAAAAAAAAUCUUACAUCAAAACAUCAUAAGAUCCUAUUCAUUGAAUAUUAACAUGUCCCUCAAAAAUAAAUGGGAUCCAAAGUUCAACUAUAUGUUUAUAUCUUCAUCAAUGCAUUAUGAAUAUGUAAAAAUCAUGUUUUUUUAUUGCACAUUCCAGGUAAUAUCAGUCAAACUGCAGUUGGUUUGUUUUAAUUAAGUGAAAAUAAAUGUAAUCAAAACAACCCAAUUGCAGCUUGAUUUGUAUUACCUGGAAUGCACAAUUUAAAAAUGAUUUAUGAAAAUGAAUUAAAAUGGUGGAUAUCUGUUUUUGCAAAUGAACUCUUCAAAUGCUAUUACGGAUUAAUUGUAAAUGACCAAUUUACAUUUAUUGUAAGUACCAUAGUCUACCUAUUUUAAUGUUAACUUAGUUGCAAGUUAUUAUAACACAGGAUGCAAAAGAAUAAUUUGCAAAUGUUGUUACAGACCAGGUUAAGUUUAGUUUUCUCUUUGGGAGACAGUCAGUGUGAGUGAGGACGAUCCUGAAGCACGUCAGUGUAGCAGUGUCAUGGACAUGGGGAAUAAGCCAUACCAGCCUGAUCCGAACUUCAUCGAAGUACAGCAACUUCCAAUCAAGAUUUGACGGUUUCAGGCGAACUGGUACAGUCAGUAUUCAUGGCUUCACUACAGUCCAACACUGAAAAAGGUUCUUUGUUUUGAGUGUGUCAAAUCAUACACCAUAAAAAAAACCACUUUGGAAAAAAGAAUGACCCUGCCUUAUGCACAAAGGGUUUCAAUAAUUGGAAGAAUGACACAGGUAGCUUUAGCCGCCACAAAGCUGUAUGCCAUGGACAUCAAGAGGCCCUUGACCAAGUAUAUCUUAAAGAUAUUUUCCAACAAUUUGUAUCUGUCAGUGACCGACGUAGGCAUCUGUUUGGAUUGUUUAAAUAGACGCCAAGGACUAUCAUGAAGAUUGUUGAUGUUGGAUGCAAAACAUUUUUUUUGUUUUUUUUCUCUUUUCCGUUAACAAGUCAUUUCAUAGUUUACUUUCUUUUAGUCUUUGAUCUGUUGCUUUGUUUAAUUUGUAUUUAAAUGUAAAUGCAGAUCUUAAUGUAAAUAUAGAUGUUACAUUUGAAUAAACCAGUUGGUUGUCAACAUUAAACAGUCCUUUUUUUCCGGGGUGGGUGUCCCUACCAAUAUUGAGACCAAACCUACGCCCGAUGUGUGAAAUGUAACACGAACUCCAAGGUGAGUGUUUUUACUUGUUACUGUACAUGUUGUUAUGUGAAUAACAGUAGUAAUAUUAACAUUGUCAUAAAUAAAUACAUGCACCAUAAUCUGUUUGCUGUAGCUCUGUGUUUAUACAUACAUAGGCCGUGUGUGUGUGUGUGUGUGUAUACACCAUAAUUCAAUGUCUAAUAUUUUAAAAACGGAAGCAGCACAAACAAAGCUUUUAUCGGCACAAACGGAGCACAAACGAUUGAGACUACUUUGCCGACGUUUUGCGUUGGGUGGGGGCCAACAUGACGCAGGUUAUUCAUGUACCUGGGGUUCUCGGGUGUUAAAAUGAGUCUCCGCCUACUAGUGUAUAACUGAAAGUGAAACCAGACCCGUCUGAAAGCUCACAUAGACCAGGAAGACGUCUUUUUAAAACAAAUGCUGAAUUUAAUUACUCUGGAUCGAGUGGAUCAGAGAAGAGAAUAAACAAGAUGAGUUUUGAUAAAGAGAAGAGUAAAGGGUUAAAAAGGAGAAGGAAAGAGGACAUGGCUGAAUCUUUAUCUUCACAACUAAGACAAGGCAGAAGGAACAGCAUGCAUACAGCUACUGAAUUUGCAGGUGAAUCCAGCAGCCUCCUGACUGAAGAGCAGUUACAGUGUUCUAUCUGUCUGGAAGUGUUCACUGAUCCCGUCACCACUCCAUGUGGACACAGCUUCUGCAACAGCUGCCUCACACAAAGCUGGGAUACGAGUCAACAUUAUUAUUGUCCAUAUUGCGAAGAGAAAUUCACCAAGAGACCUGAACUCAAGAUUAAUAUAACACUGAGAGAGGUUGCAGAUCACUUCAAGAAGAAAACAGUCUCAGAUAAGUCUCAGAUUCUUUGUGACUUCUGCACUGGUGUGAAGCAGGAGGCCUUGAAAUCCUGUCUGGAUUGUGGUGUGGCUCUCUGUUCAUCUCAUUUAGAUCUACAUAAUAAUGUUCCAAAAUAUAAGAAACACAAAGUAAUAAAUGCAGUGGGGAACCUGGAGAAAUACAUUUGCCAGGAGCAUGAGAAACCUCUGGAGAUGUUCUGUAGAGAUGAUCAGAAGUGUGUGUGUCGGUUCUGUGCUGUGACAGACCACAAGAAUCACAACGUUAUUCCAUUAGAGGAGGAGAGUGGAGAGAGGAAGAGUCAGCUGGGGAAAACACAGACAGAGCUGCAGCAGAUGAUCCAGGAGCGACUGAAGAAGAUCCAGGAGAUUAAUCACUCAGUAGAGCUCAGCAAAAGAAACACAGAGAAAGAGAAAUCAGGCAGCAUUGAAGUCUUCACCGCUCUGAUUCGCUCCAUUGAGAGGAGUCAGGCUGAGCUGCUGGAGGUGAUGGAGAGGAAGCAGAAAGCAGCAGAGAAGCAGGCUGAAGGACUCAUUAAAGAGCUGCAACAGGAAAUCGAUGAGCUAAAGAGGAGAGACACUGAGCUGGAGCAGCUCUCACACACUGACGAUCAUCUCCACCUCCUGCAGAUUUAUCCGUCACUGUGCAUCGCUCCACACACGAAGAACUGGACUGAGAUCAGGAUUAAAACUGAACCGAGUGUGGAAGCUCUGAGGACGACUCUGUCUCAGCUUCAGAAGACUCUGAAUGAGAAACUCAGUGUAACUCUGAAUGAGAAACUCAGUGUAACUCUGAAUGAGAAACUGAAGGAAAAAGUCUCCACAGAACUGAAGAGGAUUCAGCAGUAUGCAGUGGAUGUGACUCUGGAUCCUGAUACAGCUUCUCCUUAUCUCAUCCUGUCUGAUGAUGGAAAACAAGUGACGUGUGGAGACACAAAGCAGAAUCUCCCAGACACCUCGAAAAGAUUCACUUAUUAUCCAAUGGUCCUGGGAAAUCAGGGUUUCUCCUUAGGGAGGUUUUACUAUGAGGUGCAGGUCAGCAGGAAGACUGAGUGGGAUUUAGGAGUGGUCAGAGAGUCUGUUAACAGGAAGGGGAAAAUUGCACUUAAACCUCAGGAUGGAUUCUGGGCUGUGGCUCUGAGGAAGGGGAAUAAGUAUACUGCUUGUGAUGAUCCUGGUAUCUCCCUCUCCCUGAGAGAGAAACCCCAGAAGGUGGGCGUGUUUGUGGAUUAUGAUGAGGGUCUGGUCUCCUUUUAUGACAUUGAGGCCAGGUCUCAUAUCUACUCUUUCACUGGUCAGUCUUUCACUGAGAAACUCUAUCCAUACUUCAGUCCUUGUCCAAAUGAUGGAGGUAAAAACUCAGCACCACUGAUCAUCUCUCGUGUGUAAAAUUUACCCCUCACACAAUCAGUAGUGUAUGAAAGGUCCAGAGUGAAACAUAUUUUUUUCAAAACAGAUAUCACUACAUGAGUAAUGAUCAUGAAUUUUAAUAUCACUUUAGGGUUAUCUGGAGUGUAUUGCGCAUGUCUAUUAAAAACAGUACAAUGUAUAAUAAACCUUGAAUUCACCUUUUUAGUAGAGAAAUCAUUUUAUAAGUAGGCAGAAUCUUCUGUGUGUGCGUGUGUGUGUGCGUGUGUGUGUGUGUGUGUGUGUGUGUGUUUGCAUAUAUAUUUUUGUAUACAGUGCCCUCCACUAAUAUUGGCACUUUUGGUAAAUAUGAGCAAAGAAGGCUGUGAAAAAUUGUUUUAUUGUUUAAACCUUUUGAACUUUUGGUAAACAAAAUGCACAGAAAUACUCUGCUCUCAUGGAUAUUAAACAAUGCAUGUUAAUCCAGAAAAUAUCUUUGUUAAAUAUGUGUGCAACAAUUAUUGGCACCCUUUUAGUCAAUACUUUGUGCUACCUCCCUUUGCCAAGAUAACAGCUCUGAGUCUU